UCCUGGGAGGAGGCUAGUUGGCUGUGCUUCUGGGAGGAGCAGAGUUUGGAUGCUGGGAGAGCCCCAAAUCCCGCACACGGCUCGCUUGCGUUGGGAGCUCACCUGGCCAAGCCAACAAUCUGCAGCCCACUGGUGGCUGGGAUCCCCCCCGAGAUGUACUUGUGCUGGGGUACCGGUUCCCCGCAGCUGCAGCGCCGGGCGGCGGAAGCAGGCUCUGAACUCUUAUGGGCCGCCAGUGGCGAGCGCCACGCGCUGCUGCUGUUCAGCGACCACUGGGUGCACGCCUACGGAGACAACAGCUGGGGCCAGGUGGGCCGGAGGAGAGUGCAGAGUGCAGUGCGUCCAGAACAAAUUCAAGCAUUGGAAACCCUACAUGUUGACCUCGUGAGCUGUGGGAAGGAUUACUCUCUGGCUGUCUGCCACAAAGGAAGGGUCUUCGCAUGGGGAGCUGGUUCUGAAGGGCAGCUUGGGAUUGGAGAAUUUAAGGAGAUAAAUUUUACACCUAAGAAAAUAAAAGCUCUGGAUGGCAUAAAAAUUAUCCAAGUUUCUUGUGGGCAUUACCACUCUCUGGCAUUAUCGGAAGAUGGCCAAGUGUUUUCAUGGGGAAGGAACAGUCAUGGGCAGCUGGGCCUGGGGAAGGAGUUUCCCUCUCAGGCCAGCCCACAGAGGGUGAGGUCCCUGGAGGGGAUCCCGCUGGCUCAGGUGACUGCAGGAGGAGCUCAUAGCUUUGCCCUGUCUCUCUUGGGGACCUCAUUUGGCUGGGGAAGCAACAACGCAGGGCAGCUGGCCCUCAGUGGGAAUGACGUCCCAGUGCAAAUCCACAAGCCUCGUUCAAUCGGAGCGCUGAAGAAUCUUGGCGUGGUUUACAUUAGCUGUGGCUAUCAGCACACGGCAGUGCUAACCCAGGAUGGGCAACUGCUCACAUUUGGAGACAAUAGUUCUGGACAGCUGGGACAUAGCACCAGUGGCAAGGAAAGAGGCCCUCAGCACGUGGAAGGAGUUGAUGGCUUCAUUUCCCAGAUAGACUGUGGAAGUUAUCACACCAUUGCGUAUGUCUACACCACUGGUCAGGUGGUGUCUUUUGGUAGUGGACCAAGUGAUACCAGCAACCCAACUCAUCAGGAGGCCUGGAGAGAGAAGCCCAACAUUACCUGCCUGAUACCUGCCAAGGAUCUUAUGGAUAUUCAAGUAAAACACAUUUUUGCUGGAACAUAUGCCAACUUUGUGACAACUCAUGAGCAUACUAGUUCCACGAGUGUUUCCAAUAAAAUCCUACCAGAAAUAAGCCGAAUUAACCAGUCCCUGGCAGAAAAAUGGAUAGCAGUGAAAAGAAGCAGUAAUGAAUACAAAGUGGCUAAAAAGGAAAUCAGUGUGAUAUUUUCUUCCCCCGCCUGUUUAACUGCAAGCUUUUUGAAGAAAAGAGGUACUGGAGAAAAGAUUUCCAUUGAUGUGGACUUGAAAAUGGCAAGCAAUGUCUUCACGAAGUUAACGAAAGUGACAUGGAUUUCUUCCUUGAUAACUACAUGUCUCGAGGAGAACCUGCUCAAAGCUCUUCCACGCCGUUCUCCACAUCAAGAAGCUUUAUCGGUUUUCCUUUUGCUUCCAGAAUGCCCUGUGAUGCAGGACCUAAGGAACUGGAGGACCCUGACCAUUGAAUUUGCAAAGGCUAUUUGUGAAAUGACUAACCGAUCAUUAGGAAUCCUGAAAAAGUGCUGGGCAUCUUUGGAAGCAUCUUCACUGAACACACUGGUCCAGAUGCUUAAAACAGCCAUCGUCGCUCAAAUGUGUGAUGUGACUACAGUCUUUCAGAGUCCCUAUAAUUUAAAAGCUCUUCUAGGAACGAUGAAAGAAGUGCAUGCGGUAAACAAAGUUAACUGUCAACUACCAGAAAGUACUUUCAACAUAGAUGAACUUUCCUACCUCUUGGACUUCAUUGAAAAGAGGAAAAAUCUUUUCUUUUGGGACAAUAAUGUGGUACCUACAGAAGAAUUCUCCAAGGUUGUCAUUUUCAGUGAUUUUCCAUUUCUUUUUAAUUUGCUGUCCAAAAUUAAAUUAAUGAAAGAUGAUUUACAUGCGAAAGCACUGCAAGAAGCCAUAGUGUGUGAAGGAAACAGUAAAUCGAAUGUAUUUGCACUGAGAGUCCAACGAAGUCACCUGGUUGAAGACGCCAUGUGUCAGCUGAGUCAAGCUGAAGUCUCUGACCUGAGGAAACUAUUAGUGGUUAAAUUUAUUAAAGAAAUUCGUCCUGAGAGUGGGGGUGUGAGUUUAGAGUUCUUCCACUGUAUAUUUGAAGAGAUGACACAUCCAAAACAUGAAAUGUUUGUGUAACCUGAAAAUGGAUCCUACAUGUGGUUUCCAGUCAAUCCUAAAUUUGAGAAGAAGAGAUAUUUCCUCUUUGGAAUAUUGUGUGGACUUUCUCUAGUCAACCUAAAUGCUGCCAACCUUCCCUUCCCACUGGGUCUGUACAAGAAACUUCUGGACCAAAAGCCAUCUUUAGAAGAUUUAAAAGAACUCAGUUUUCUUUGGGGGGAGAAUUUGCAAGAAAUUCUAAAUUAUGAAGAUGGUGACUUUGAAGAUCUUCAUAUGCAUUUUUCUAUAUACUGGGAUCAAAAAGACAUUAAUUUAAUUCCAAAUGGGAUCUCUGUACCUGUGGACCAAACCAACAAGAAAGACUAUGUUUCUAAGUGUGUUGAUUACAUUUUCAACAUCUCUGUAAAGACGAUUUAUGAGGAAUUUCAUAGAGGAUUUUACAAGGUGUGUGACAGAGAUAUAAUCAGGAAUUUCAGUCCUGAAGAACUAAGGACAGCAAUAAUUGGAAGCACAAAUUAUGACUGGAAACAAUUUGAAAAUAAUUCAAGGUAUGAGCAAGGAUAUUACAAAUCACACCCAACUAUUCUAUUAUUUUGGAAGGCUUUCCAUGAGUUAACAUUGGAUGAAAAGAAAAAAUUCCUCAUGUUUCUUACAGGAUGUGAUAGGCUACAUGUAAAAGGCCUCCGGGAUGAAGGAAUAGUAUUCCGUUGUCCUGAAACAUUCACUGAAAAUGAUCACCCAAGAUCACUGACAUGUUAUAAUAUUCUAGACUUGCCUAAAUAUUCUACAAUGAGAAAGAUGAAGGAAGCUCUUCAAGUGGCCAUCAACAACAACAAGGGAUUUGUAUCAUAGGCACCACCCUCCCAGUGUGGGGGAUGGGGAGGCUAGGCACUGGGACUUUGAUUCUUGGAUUUUUCUGUUCUUCCUCAAUCUAGGGAAGAACAAUCUCUUUAGUACAAAAAGCUGAAGGAUUUUGGUUAGAAUUAGUUGGAUAGUUUUUGAGAUAAAUAAUAGAGUUAUAAAUCAGUAUUUUUGGUGAAACAAAAUUAUGUGAAACAUUUCCUGUAUUUAUAACCUUGCUAUUAGAAUGUUUGCUUUGCUGAAUGAUUUUUCUCAACAAUUAUUUAAUAAUAUACUAAAUAUUUGAAAUAUUCAGUAUUAUUCCAAUAAUAAGCAUAUCUGAUAUCCGAUUUGAAAAAGUAAACCAAAAAUAUACAUUGUUUCAGCAUGCUUUUGAAGCUUAUAGAUGUGUAUUUUAUAUUAAGGAAUAUCUUUAGAGUUUUGAGUUUAGUAAACUGCUAACUAAUUUAUUUUUAAAAUCUAAAUGACUAGGUUAGUAAUUCUUUGAAUGUUUCAAAGAAUUGAACAUUGUGUUCCAGGAACAAUUCUCAGUGUGGACAUUCUUAUUUCAGUCAAACACUAAACUCAACAGAAGCUCAUAGCCACUUGUUGGAACAAUAAGAGAGGCUGAAAUGUGUCUUAUUAUGAUGCUGUAGAGUGAAUUAUUGGAGCAUAUUGCUAUUAUGAGAAAUGGCCAAUAGAUUCUGUGGAGCAGUUUUAUUUAAUGUUAAAAUUUUAAACUGUGUGAUGCUACAUUAAAAUGAUUUCAUACAUGCGUAUAA